AUGCCCCUCCAGCUCUCCGCCCAGCUCAGCACGCUCACGCUCCUCACGCUCGUCCUCACGCUCUGGGCUCUCCGCUCGUUCUACGACCGCCUGCACGGGCUCGACCUCGCCGGCUUCUCCGGGCCGCGGGUGGCCAGGGACGGCCAGACGAGCGGCGGGGCCCGGGGCGGGGGCGCUGGCAGCUGCCGGAUGACCUGGAUGAGCCCGCGCUAUCUCGCCAUCCGGCCCGUCCAGAGCAGGCUCGCCAGCAAGUACUCGCUCUACCUCUACCGGGAACAGCCCUACGACCUCGAGGACCAGCCAUCCCGAUCGCCCGUCCUCUUCAUCCCGGGCAACGCCGGCUCGUUUCGCCAGAUCCGCUCGAUUGCUGCCGUCACCUCGGCCACAUACUUCGCCCCAUCCGAGCAGGAAGGCUAUCUGGCGCGGCAGCACCCGGGGCUGGACUUCUUCACGCUGGACUUCAACGACGCCUUCUCGGCGUUCCACGGCCAGACGAUGGUCGAGCAGGCCGAGUUCGCCAACGACGCCGUCCGGGCCAUCCUCGCCCUCUACCGGGCCUCGCGCGCCGUCCGCAACGGCCAUCUGCCCGUGCCGACCUCGGUGCUGAUCCUCAGCCACUCCAUGGGCGGCAUCGUCGCCCGCAAGAUGCUCACCAUGCCCAACUACGCCAACCAGACCGUGGCCACGAUCAUCUCCCUGAGCUCGCCGCACUCGCUCCCCGCGCUCAGCUUCGAGCGCGGCGUCGAGCGGGUCUACGAGCAGAUCAACACCCUCUGGCGCCAGGCGUAUCAGCAGUCCCGUCCCGGCCCGCUCGACGACCUCCUCCUGGUCUCGAUCUCCGGCGGGAGCUCGGACACGACGGUGUCUGCAGACUCCAGCUCCCUGCGCUCGCUCGCGCCCGGCUCGCACGGUCUGACGGUCUUCACGACCGGGAUCCCGGGCGUCUGGACGCCGAUCGACCAUCUCGCCAUCCUGUGGUGCAACCAGCUCGCCGCCGUCCUGGCCCGGGCCCUGCUCGAGAUCGCCGAGCCUCGCUCGCCCAGCCAGGCCGGCCCGGUCGCUCGUCGGCUCGAGAUCCUUAAGGCGCAUCUACGCCUCGGCCACGGCCUCCCGCCCUUCUUCGACCGCGCCGGCUCCCCAGCCCGCAGCAAGUUCCACAUCCCCGCCAGCCACCCGGAGCACGCCGACCGGGUCCUCCACCGCCCAUACCAGGCGCUCAGACUGACGGGCCCGGCUGACGGCUUCUUCGGCCCGGGGGACUCCGGCCUGCGCACGCACAUCAUCCCGCUGCCCCCGCGCCCGGACAUGCACCCGUACGAGUUCACCCUGCUCUCCAGCCUCGUCGCCAACGAUCGGCUGAACGUCGUGGCCUGCAAGGGCAGCUCCGAGGCCGCCAUCCUCCUCCUGGACGACGCCUGCCAGCCCCUCUCCGCCAGCCACGCCGAGCUGCUCCCCCGCUCGGAGCCCGAUCCGGCCCCGGCGGCAGCGCCCGGGCCCGACGACCGGCCCGGCCCGGCGCUCGUGUACACCUUCCUCCACCUCCCGGCCUCCCAGCUCUCGGAAGCCGAUUUCCUCGCUAUCCAGGUGCUGCCCCCCUCACCAAGGACGUCUGAGCCGGGCGGGGCGGACUUCCUGGUGAGCGAGUUCAGGAACCUCUCGGCGUCGUCGCUCGCCGCGCCCCCGGCCUCCUUCCUGGGCUUCAACCUCCUGGGCAUCGCCGUCGACUUGCUGCCGAGCCAGCCGAGCCUGGUGAGCCAUGUGCAGCUGUCCAGCCUGGUCAGCUCGCUGGUCGCGUACGAGCUGGUCUUCGACGCCGGCGCCGACGGAUGCGGUAGUGGCGGGCUUUUCGCGCCGAUGAUGCGCCAGGAGACGGGCCGGACGGGCGAGGCGACGUUCCACCCGAACGUGCGCACGGCGACCCUGUCCACGCACUUCUCGGAGGCCUAUACCCCCGGGCGGAAGAGCCACGAGGAGGAGGCGGGCGUGCGGCUGACGUUCUGGACGGACCCCCUGCUGGCGCAGGCGGCGGCGCUCCGGAUGUUCUUCUCCUCGUCGACGGACGGCUCGGGGGGAGAGUUCGGGCUGGUCGGGCCGCCCCGGAUCCUGGCCGAUCUGCUGCUCGGCGUCCGGCAGCCGUCGUUGGUCGUGCUGGCCUGGCUCCUCGUGCUCGUCUCGCUCGGAUGGCUGGCGCUGGGCUACGUGCUCCUCGACGGCCUGCUCCGGGCCGCCGGGGCGCUGUGGACGAUGCUCCUCGCCCGGAGCAGCAGGCCUGGUGGCCGGCCGCGGAAACACAGCGGAUCUUAUUCGCCCCCCGCUGGCUCGUCGACGCCCAUCGCCUGGCCCAGCCUGUGCUUCUUGGGCGCCCUGGCCGCAUUCACCGUGCUCUAUGCGCCCUACCACUUCGCCUUCAUCCUGCUGACCGUGCUGCAGCUGCUGACCACUCUGCAGUGCGCAGCCCCGUCCAGCGGCGGGGAGGAUGGUGGCCGGUAUGGGUUCAACCUGGCUGUCCUGCUGGUGAUGGUCUGGCUGCUGCCGGUGAGCAUGCCGAGCGUGCUGGCGUGGCUGCGCAGCCUGCAGGAGGGCUGCUAUGCCCCGUUUGCGGAUGGCCGGAAUGUGCUCUGUGUGGCGGGGUUCAUGGGGCUGGUCUAUCUCAACCGGCUCGGGCUGCGUCCCGCCUGGCCCCGGGCGUGGCUGUGUGCGGGGGUGUUCCGGGGGGUGGGCCUGUUUGGGGUGUGCUAUGGGGUGCGCUGGCCGGUGACGCUCUUCGAGCUGUUCAAUGCGGCGUGCCUGGUGCUGUGCCUGUGCUGGCUUAUGUAA